AACGUGAUAACGGUUAGCUCAUCAGUUAUCAGCCACAGAGACGACGGACGGGGAGUGGUCAGAUUCGGACCGGUACCGGUGACUCCGGGUCCGUUCUAAACCGGUUUAACCGAACAGAAGCGGGAAGCCGAACCGCGGGAUCAUGGACGGCCUUCCGGGGCAGCGCUGGAGCAGCGGGGAAGGCAGCUCGCGCUUCGGAAUGAAUCCGGGGAUUUAACCGCUGAGGAACAAAAACACGUCGGUGGUUCUGUCUCCAUCUCCUCCAUUUUGGUUGUCAGUGAUGGAGAACAUCCGGACUCCAAAGGUGGAAAACGUUCGUCUCCUGGACCGCUCAUCGGGCCAGAGGAAGGCCACCAUUGGGACACUCUACCUGUCUGCCACACACAUCAUCUUUGUAGAGGACAACCCAGAGACACGCAAGGAGACGUGGGUGUUGCACAGCAUGGUGAGCAGCGUCGAGAGGCCCCCCCCCACUCCCUCAGCCAGUCAGCUGAUCCUUCACUGUAAAGACUUCCGGGUCUUCCAGAUCCUCGUCCCUCAGGAGAGAGACUGUGUGGACGUCCACGCCUCGUUGGUCCGUUUGUCUCGACCAGAGAGGUACAGCGAGCUCUACUGUCUGUCCUUCAACCCCAACGUCAACAAAGAGCAGAGGGAGGAGUCUUGGAGCUUCAUCAGCCCGUCAGCCGACUACAGGAGGAUGGGACUCCCCAACAACCUGUGGGUCAGCACGGCUGCCAACAGCGAGUACCGGCUGUGUGACACCUACCCCUCUGAGCUGUUUGUCCCAAAGUUGGCCACGCCCGCUGUCAUCGUGGGCAGCUCCAGGUUCAGGAGCCGAGGACGGUUUCCUGUUCUGUCUUACUUCCAUCAGGACACACUGGCGGCGGUGUGUCGGUGCAGCCAGCCUCUGUCGGGGUUCAGUGGUCGCUGUCAGGAGGAUGAGGUGAUGCUGCAGGCUGUGAUGAAGUCCAACCCAGGAAGUGAUUUCAUCUAUGUGGUGGACACCAGACCCAAGCUGAAUGCCAUGGCCAACAGAGCAGCAGGGAAAGGCUACGAGAACGAGGACCACUACACCAACAUCAAGCUGCAGUUCAUCGGCAUUGAGAACAUCCAUGUGAUGAGGAGCAGCCAGCAGAAGAUCGUCGAUGUGGGUCAAACGCGUGCUCCGUCCAUGACGGACUUCCUGUGGGGUCUGGAGAACUCGGGUUGGCUCAAACACAUCAAAGCGGUUCUGGAUGCUGGAGUCUUCAUCUCCAGGGCGGUGGCCGACGAGGGGGUCAGCGUUCUGGUUCACUGCUCAGACGGGUGGGACCGCACGGCCCAGGCCUGUUCAGUAGCAAGUCUCCUACUGGACCCGUUCUACAGAACCAUGAAGGGAUUCAUGGUUCUGAUAGAGAGGGACUGGGUCUCUUUUGGACACAAGUUCUCUCACAGGUAUGCUCACCUGGACGGAGACCCUAAGGAGGUGUCCCCGGUCAUGGACCAGUUCCUGGAGUGUGUGUGGCAGCUGUCGGAGCAGUUCCCGUGUGCCUUCGAGUUCAACGAGCGCUUCCUCAUUGCUGUUCACACACACGUGUACUCCUGCCAGUUCGGGACCUUCCUUGGAAACUGUGAGAAGGAACGUCGAGAUCUGAGGCUCCGAGAGUGCAGUCACUCUGUGUGGCCUCAGCUGUGGGCGGACCGGGCCCAGUACACCAACCCGCUCUACAAGGCCGAACUGGGCCAGAGCCACGGGGUCCUGAAGCCCAACACCACCCCCUACUGCUUCAAAAUGUGGAAGGGUCUCUACAACCACACAGAGAAGUCAACGCCUCCUCGCCAGUCACCCGCUGACUUCCUGUCUGCUGUCAGAGAGGAGUCCCAACAGCUGGAGGAGGAGCUGACCAAUCACCAGGAGAGGAUCCGGGCCCUUACGGGGAAGCCAAUCGUGUGGGAGAAGAUUGAGGUUCUGAGGAGGACGACCGGCCACCUGCAGCAGAGACACAGCGGGCCGGACCCGCCCAACACCCAGUCGGAACCAAAACCCAUCUCUCCACUUUCCAACACUCCGAUAUGUUCCUCGGACCCGGCCACUCGGAAGGCUCACCGCCGGGACUCGGCCCCCUCUGGACCGCUGGGGCUGCAGCUGGACCUGGAGGACCUUUUUGCCUGCAGCGACCUGGAGUCGGGCGUGGCCGACCUCAGCAGCCGCUCAUCCAGCGGCGCUGACGACAGCAAAGACCCGGAUCUGGAGUGAGGAACGGGAAGGGAACCUAAAUGUAUUUAUUCAGGCUGAUUGGACUAAAUCAUUUAUUCAAUUAUGGAUCAAAAGGGAGAAAACUCUUUACCCUCUGAAUCAAACUCGCAUCACGUCAGCUUUGAUUUCCACUGAACCAGACGGCUGAGUUUGCUUCCAGCUGUGGGAUGGACAGAUGUGACGGGAUAAUGAUCUCCAUCUUUUAUCAAACGGUUUCACUCAGAAAUCAGAUCAAAUGGACCCGAAAAGUCCUGAUGAAACCAGAUUAAUCUGGAUGUUUGACUCAAACUUGGCGGUUCUUAACCACACUAAAGAAUCUAAAUAUUUUACUAUAAAAUGGAAUCAUAAACACGCGUAACCUUCGUUUACGACGUAUCAAACGCGUCUUCUCCUUAAACGCAUGAGACGGUUUGUUUAUUCCUGCUAAGUCAGGUCAUUAACCCCAGAGGAAGUUUUACUGUGAAAACGAACAAACGUCUUCAGAUUGUUCUUAAUUUAUUGUUUUGUUUUUGUGAUAUUCGAUUGUUUUGAUUUGUUUUAUGAUGUUAUUUGUAAACAUUUACACGCGGACCAGAACCAGAACUUGCAGCUGCUUGUUGGUAUUUAGAAUCUGGAGAUAAAAAUGUCUUUUAGAUGAUGUAGGUCCCCCAUCUCUCCCUCUGACCUCGUGGUAUCGGACCUCCUCUCCUCGAUACCUGUGGUGUGUGUGUGUGUCGAUGUAGAACAUCAAUAAAGGCUGUUAAAGGAAA